UGUGCAGGCUACAUGCAGACUUUUGGUAAAGGUACCAAACUCACGGUCCUAGAUCCCAACAUCACGGUCACACCGCCUGAGGUGAGGGUGUUGCCGCCCUCUCCUCGGGAAGCCUGCCACAGGGAGGAGGAAGGGGAAGAGGAUCCAGAGGUGACCCUGGUGUGCGUGGCCACAGACUUCUACCCCGACCACAUAAGUGUGUCCUGGCAGGUGAAUGGAAUGGACUCCGUUAACGGCACCGGAACAGACAAUGCUGCGCUGUGGGAUGCGAAGAAAAGGUCCUACAGUAUCACCAGCAGACUCAGAGUCCAGGCAACAGUCUGGCUCAACCCGGAGAACAGCUUCACCUGCAUCACCACUUUCUACAAUGGAAGCAAUUACCUGAACCAGAAUUACACCAUUUAUGGGAAAACGGAAAAGAGCAUGUGGAAGGACCUGAGAGCAGCACGUCUUGUCUACAGCUGCCUCCUCUAUACAAGCGUCCUCUAUGCACUGGUAGUGAGCGCAUUGGUGUGGAAGCUCAUGAUAUGGGUCCCAUCUGCAGCAAAUCCAUGCAAGGGCCGAAAGGUGAGAAGCAGCUUGCCUGAGCCAGGUGGGCAGAUAUACCAGACUGUGGCCGGCUUCUGACAGAGCAACAGCC